UAGAUGUUCCAAAACUCAGCGAAUUCAUGACCAAAUCUGAACGGUCCCUAGAGAAUGAACGAUUAUUUUCUGGCAAGUUACUGCGUAUUGGCAUUGCAGGUAAUGCACACGUUCUUCUGUCAAUCUCGUGAUUUCUUGUGUCUCCUACGUGACACAGCCGAGUCUCGAUCCAGAGAGAUCGCACAAACCGUCUGCAAUUCGCCGCGGUAUCAACCUCGAGAAGACAAUUAGCAAGAUACUCAGAAUGCAUCGUGGGAACUUGUCCUACCUCGUGACAGAAUGUAAAUUCCUCUCGAUGAAUAUGUUCACUUUCAAAGAAAUACGACAGACACCAGAUUUCUUACUUCUCCGUUUUGGAAGUAACGCGAGGCACACGAAGACCAUUAAAUCCCGAGUGCUAUGUGUUCCUUCCGCCAUCCUCGAAGCGUUGCUAGUGAAGCAAAGGCAAUAUUUCCGUAAGUCGAUAAGGAAGAGCGAAAUUUUCUCUAAUAUACGACUCAAACUUCCACAAACAUAUCUACGUACGAAGCAUGCUAUAAUCUAUUAAACAUAAGUACACAAUGGUUUGGAUCGUUGUAUGCGAAUAAAUAAGAAAAUUUCCAAAGUGCAAUUUCGAGAACGCCCAUCACGACCGCACCAUUUGCUUGCGACGAAAAUAAUCGAUUGCAAUUUAGACGAUUCGGUUUUUCCACUUUUCAUAUAAGAAAGGGUAGCUUGUUACUAUAAGAAAAUAGAUCUUUGUUCUUUACAUCUGCUUACAUAACGUUGAAACCCUAGCCUGACAAUUUCCGAUGAAAGAUGAAUACCCUACGAAAACACAGAUCAAUUUUCGAAGCGAAUGUGUAGUAUAACAACUUAUUAUAUAAGUUGAAUAUUCUUUCAAAACACGGACUAAUUUUCAAGACGAAUGCCGCUGGACGAUAGAAGCAAUGUAUUACUUAUUAAUCGCGCAGAAGCAUAGCAAUAAAGUAUUUCCCUACAAAGUAAACCUCGCUAGAAUUUUCUUGUGCCCACUGAACGAUAGAUAAUUGAGCGAUUAUAGUAGAAUAAAAGAUAAACCGGAACAUAGAAAUACAAUUCGUGAGCAUGAAGGAAGAAAGAAAGGGUGCAUAUGCACGAUUACGCGGAAUUAUAUGUCGAUCUUUGUGUUGUGAGCAUGAGGGCGACGUUGAAUAAGGAUUUCGCUUACGCGAUAACUCCGAUGAAGAUCAUGUCGUGGCCUGUUGGUACCUGGCCUCUUCAAGACUACAAUAUUCUUUCCGCUAUGCGUGCCAUAUUCACGAUUUUUCUUGUGCUACUAAUGCUAAUGAUCGUGCAAUUGGAGAUGUAUUUGGACAGCAGCGACGCUGAGAAGAAUCUGGACGGUCUAGUACUUAUUACUUGCGGCAUUCUGGCAAUGUCAAAGAUCCUGCAGUUUCGUAUUCGCCCCGCUGGCCUUAUCUCAAAUUUUACCUCGGCGGUUAAAGAUUAUAACGAAUUGAAUGACCAAGAGAAACGAGUGAUAGUACGAAGACACGCUUAUAUGGGCAGAGUGGCAGGUAUCAGUGUGGUAUUUUUCGCAUAUUUCGGUUCAACUCUCUUCAUGACUCUGCCAAUGCUGGCUGCGGAGGAAGUGGAAGAUAUAGUUAACGUAACGGAAGAUAAUACUCCGGAAUACCCUAUACCUUCCGAAAAAGUGAUGGAACUUAUAAAAAUGCCGGAUAAUUUAUACUUCAUUGUUUUCAUCGUGGAGUACUUGAUGUUGUUAUUAACGAGCAAUGGAAAUCUAGGUAGCGAUUCGUUGUUCUUCGGUAUCAUUUUUCACCUGUGUGGUCAAGUGGAAGUUCUGAGACUAGAGUUCAGCAGACUGAGCAACGAGAACGAAAAAGCAAAGGAACAUUUCAACGUAUUAAGCAAGAGGCAUGUUUACUUACUGAACCUAGCUAAAAUGCUGGACGAUACGAUCAGCUCUAUCUUGGCUGUGCAAUUAUUCACGAGUUGUAUACUUAUUUGUACAACCGGACUACAGUUCAUUAUCGCUCUGAGUGUGGGAAACAUCGUCAUGGUGAUAAAAACGUUUAUAGUACUGAGCACUCUGUUAGUGCAAUUAUUUGCAUACAGCUACGUGGGCGAAUAUUUAAAGCGUCAAAUGGAAGGCAUCGGUGAUUCGGUAUAUUUCUGCAGCUGGUACGAUAUACCGAAAAGUGUGGCAAAAGAUAUUAUUUAUGUUAUUAUGAGAACUCAAGAUCCAGUUUACCUGAAGGCUGGAAGAUUCUUUAUUGUUAAUAUGGAAACGUACAUGAGUAUUAUGAAAACUUCUAUGUCGUAUCUUUCAGUUCUACGGGUAAUGAUAAAUGCUUGAGGACUUGUAUAAUAUAGAAAUCUAGGAAACCAUAUUAAUAUAAUAAAGCACAAUAAAGUAUUUAAUAUUA